AUGACUCGAGGGACUCCUUUAGCUCAUCACCAAACACAGCCUGGAGACUUUCAGAAGGGUCUCCCCUCGUCACAGCGACGUCUGUCAACAGAGGAGCAGAACCGAAUAGACGAGAUCGACCGCAUUUUGAGUUUGCAGGAAAAAGGUCACAAAUCACAGCAUUCGAAUCCAGAAGUCGAUUCACUCAUGAAAGAGCGUAGUGCUAUCAUGGAGGCAACACACCAGAAGAAGAAGACGACAGGAGGCAAUUCCAAGAAGCUCCCGAACAACAGAACGUCCAUGCAAAACUUAGAUCGAGUUUUGAACAACUAA